AGGAAAAUCAUGUACAAAACGGUUUAAAUUAGGUUUAGAAUAAAUUAAACAUCAACAGUGCAACCUUUGGACCGACCUGUGGCUGCAACGCACUGCAUUGGCGACCAUGUAAAUUUCGUUUCAACCCAACCGACCCGUGAAACCGUAUUCUGUUACGUCCACACUCCUCCAAACUAUUCGCACAUUACAAACAAACAAUAUGCAAUCCCUUCGCUGCCAGGCCCGGAUCCUCUUCUCAACGGCGGCGAGCAGCGGGCGCCUGAUCAGACUGAACCUCUUGCGGAAUGUUGCCACCGACAGUGGCACUGGCACCGGCUCUGGCACUGGGUCCGGCUCCGGCUUCCGCUCUCGCGCCAAACUAAUGCAGAAGCUGCGUGAGUGGCACGCCAGAGCGUUCAGUAAUAGGUUCCUGCUGUUCACCAACGUGGGCAUCUCGCUGACGCUCAGCUGCCUCGGCGAUGUGAUGGAGCAACACCUGGAGAUCUACAGUGGGGAGAUCGAACGGUUUGACAGCCUGCGCACCAGCCACAUGGCCACCAGCGGUGUCACCGUGGGCAUCAUCUGCCACUUCUGGUACAAGAUGCUAGACAAGCGGAUGCCCGGCCGCAGCAUGCGCGUGGUGGCCAAGAAAAUUGUGCUCGACCAGCUGAUCUGUUCGCCCGUCUACAUCAGCGUCUUCUUUGUCACCCUAGGACUACUCGAGCAGAAGGACAAGCACGAGGUGUGGGAUGAGAUCAAGGACAAGGCCUGGAAGUUGUACGCGGCCGAGUGGACAGUGUGGCCGGCGGCGCAGUUCAUAAACUUCUACUGGAUACCCACCCACUACCGCAUCUUCUACGACAACAUCAUCAGCCUCGGCUACGACGUGCUCACGUCGAAGGUGAAGCACACAAAGUCGCACAUCAAAAAAAUUCCCUAACAGGCACUGUCUGCGAGCGCCCCUACCUCAGCAAACGAAGCAUUGUAUUGUAACUAUUUAUUUCGAAAACCUUGUAAAUACAGACGAGUCUAUGUACGGUACACUCGGCCACGCCAAAGA